AUGUUCAUAUCUAUAAUGUUGCUACUGCAACUUUCGGUACUAUAUGUGCAGGCCCAGCAAUGUGCGAUGUACGGUAAUUGUGGUAAGAAGAGUAUGUUUGGUGGUGAAUUACCAUGUCCAGUUACAGAUUUAGAAUUUAGUGCACCGGCCAUAUCUGAUGAUAUACGGCAGAUAUUGGUCGAUCUAUGUGGUGAUGAAUGGAAGAACAUAGAUAAUGUUUGUUGCACCAAGGACCAGGUAGUGAGUCUUCGUGAUAAUUUGGAGAAGGCUUCACCUUUGAUACAGUCAUGUCCUGCAUGUGUUCAAAAUUUCAACAACUUAUUCUGUAAGUUUACAUGUUCACCUGAGCAGGGCUCAUUUGUUAAUGUCACAGAUACAGCAAUAUCCCAAACCAAUAAGGUAGUGGUGAAUGAACUGAGUGUUUUUAUAGAUGAUUCGUGGGCUUCUUCAUUUUAUGACUCUUGUAAGAAUGUUAAAUUUUCCGCUACGAAUGGUUAUGCAAUGGAUUUAUUGGGUGGUGGCGCUAAGAAUUAUUCCCAAUUUUUGAAAUUUCUUGGCGAUGCAAAACCAAUGCUAGGAGGUUCUCCAUUUCAAAUUAAUUAUAAAUACAAAAAUGCUGAUGACUUUAUUACUUUUAAUGAUACAGUGUACGCAUGUAACGAUCCCGAAUAUAAAUGUGCCUGUCCAGAUUGUGAGGAAACGUGCCCAAUUUUGGAGCCUUUGAAAUCUAGUGUUUGCGAAAUAGGAGGAGUUUCUUGCUAUAAUAUCGGAAUAGGAACUUUCUUCUUAACAUUAUUUGUUUUAUCAUUAUUAUUAAGUGGUGCUUAUACUGGUGCUAAAUAUGGUCUAAAUUCAGCACAAUCAAAUAUUGAUAUUGUUGAUAAUGGAGACGAACCUGGAACGACUUCCCAGGAAAUUGACGGUAAUCAAAAUCCACAGUCUGAAAUAAUUCAAAAACAUAGUAUAAAUGAUAAAAUUGCUUCUUGUGCACAAAACAUUGCUAAAAUAGCAAUCAUACAUCCACUAACUAUAAUAUGGACUGCAGUUUCGGUUGUCAUAAUGUGUGGUGUACUGCUAAUAAUGUUUGGAAAAUUGGAGACAAAUCCAAUAAAAUUAUGGGUAAGUGAAAGUUCACCUCAAUAUCAGGAGAAAGUAUAUUUUGAUGAAAAUUUUGGACCAUUUUAUAGAACAGAACAAAUAUUUGUUGUAAAUGAAACAGGUCCAGUACUUUCGUAUGAUACGUUGAAAUGGUGGUUCCAGAUUGAAAAGAACAUUACAGAAACAUUUUUAUCUACUGAUAAUACUACUACUUAUCAAGAUCUAUGUUUUAGAGCAACUAGUGAUUCCCCAUGUGUCAUUGAAUCCUUUACCCAAUACUUUCAAGGGAGACUUCCGGAAGAGGCAUCUUGGAAGAGGGCACUGAAGAUGUGUACAGAUUCUCCGGUAAAUUGUCUGCCGACAUUCCAGCAACCCUUACGAACCAACCUAUUAUUCAGCAACCCUGAAAAUGUAUUCAACUCAAGUGCUUUUGUUGUUACAUUACUCGUUGAUGAUCAUACUUCUAAAGCCACACAAUGGGAAUAUGCAUUAGAGAAGUAUUUAGUUUAUUUACGAACCAAUGCACCUGAAGGGUUAAGAAUUAGCUUUAGCACUGAGAUUUCUUUGGAGAAAGAGUUAAAUGGGAACAAUGAUGUCAUCAUUGUUAUUAUAUCUUACCUGGUUAUGUUCAGUUACACAUGUUUUGGUCUAAGGAGAAAGAGCGCACCAAUUGGGAAUCAUCAUAGAAUAAUGUUAGGUAUUACAGGUAUUUGUAUUGUUGUGUCUUCUAUUAUUUGUGCCGCUGGUAUAUUAUCAGUUUUUGGAGUUAAAUCAACAUUGAUCAUUGCAGAGGUAAUUCCAUUUUUAAUACUAGCUAUUGGUGUCGAUAAUAUAUUUUUAAUUACUGAAGAAUAUGAUAGAAUUACUUUUUUGAAACCCCUAGAAGAGACUGAAGAGAGAAUUUUAGAGGCUGUGAGUAACAUUUCGCCCUCAAUUUUUAUGUCAUUUGUUUGUCAAUCAGGUUGUUUCCUUUUGGCAGCCUUUGUACCUAUGCCUGCAGUCAGAAAUUUUGCUCUUUAUUCUGCCUUGGCUGAUUUAAAUCUGAUUAUCUUUUUGAUUGUUUAUAUUGCUGUAUUGUCGAUAUAUGAAAACAAAUUCAGAGCGUUACAACCUAUACCUUCGAGAGCUAACAAUACGGAUGAGAUUGAACCUAUUACCCCAGAACCGACGAAAUCAUAUUUCCUAACUCAUUACUUAGAGUUUAUUGACACAUAUCGUAGAUCUUUAUUAAUUGGAUUUAUGAUUGUUUUCAUAUUGUCCACUAUUUUUUUACCGUCACUACGAUUAGGACUUGACCAAAAAUUGGCAGUACCGCAAGAUUCUUAUUUGAUUGAUUAUUUUAAUGAUAUCUAUACAUAUUUCCAAGCAGGUCCUCCUGUGUAUUUUGUGGUUAGAGGUCUUGAUCUAACGAAACGUUCUGAACAAGUCAAAGUUUGUGGUAGGUUUACUAAAUGUAAAGAGUUAUCGUUGGCUAACUUUUUGGAACAAGAGCGUAAGAGAUCGACUAUUGUAGAACCUGUAGCAAAUUGGUUUGAUGAUUAUAUGAUGUUCAUGUCUCCAAAAUUAGAGAGUUGCUGUCGAGUGAAAAAGAAUUCACUUGAAGAAAUGUGUCCUCCAACAUGGUCACCUCGUCGUUGUGAAACAUGUCUUGCAGGUCAGGAAUAUAAAUACGAUAUGACAGGAUUCCCGGAGGGAGAUUCAUUUAUUGAAUAUAUGAAGAUAUGGUUAUCUACACCUAGUGAUGAGUGUGCUCUUGCUGGUGAAGCUCCAUACUCUAGAUCGGUUGUUUAUGACGAUAUCACUGUGAAGUCAUCUGUAUUCAGAUCUGCACAUAAACCUCUUAGAUCACAGAGUGAUUUUAUCGACGCUUACAAUGAUGCCGUAAGAAUUACACAAGAAUUAAGAGAAGGAGAAUUAGAUUUGGAUGUAUUUGCAUAUUCUCCAUUUUAUAUUUUCUUUGUUCAAUAUGCUACCAUAGUAGAGAUGACCAUAAAAUUGUUGUGUGGUGCGUUGUUAUUAAUCCUAGUCAUGUCUUCAAUUCUAUUAGAAUCGAUUGCAUUGGGUGUUACUCUAACUUCCAUAGUAGUAAUGAUCAUGUCUAGUAUCCUAUUAGGAAUGGUCAUUGUAGGAAUUGAUUUAAAUGCCGUGACACUUGUGAAUCUAGUGAUAUGUGUCGGUCUGGCAGUUGAAUUUUGUAUUCAUAUUGUACGUGCAUAUAGUAUCCAACAAUCCAACACUGUUGACUCAUGGACCACUAUGGAAAAAGUGAUGGGUACAGUUGGUGGAUCUGUGUUUAGUGGGAUUGCAAUGACGAAAUUCUUAGGGGUGUGUGUUCUUGCAUUUGCACAGUCUCGAAUCUUCCGUGUUUUCUACUUUGGAAUGUGGAUGAUUUUAAUAUUGGUUGCAUCUUUACAUGCAUUUAUUUUCUUACCUUUAGUGUUGUCAUUUUCUUGGGAUGAUUUAGGAUAUCCAUGGAACAGGAAUAAAACGUUAGAAAUACAGGGGACUGAUCAAUAA